AUGCUAGAGCUCCCGGAAAUUCUAUUGCAUCCAUACUCUCUAAUUGCAUUCCUUCUUUUUAUUUUUGUUACCAGACGGUUCUUCUUCAAUUCUACAAGGAAUAAAAACUUACCACCUUCACCAACAAAGAUUCCUGUUGUAGGCAAUCUCCUUCAGCUAGGCUUGUACCCACAUCCAUCUCUACAAUCUUUGGCUAAACGCUAUGGUCCACUCAUGCUCUUGCACCUUGGCAGCACGCCUGCACUUGUGGUCUCGUCUGCUGAUGGAGCUCGAGAGAUCAUGAGAACUCAUGAUCUCGUAUUUUCCAAUAGGCCUGAUUUAAGCAUUGGAAGAAGACUUUUGUAUGACUACAAAGACUUGUCCUUGGCCCCCUAUGGCGAGUACUGGAGGCAAAUGAGGGGUAUAUGUGUCCUGCAGCUUCUUACUGCAAAAAGGGUUCGGUUAUUCCAAUCCGUCAGAGAAGAGGAGACAGAUUUGCUCGUACAAACCGUCGAGAACUUUUCUUCAAGUUCAUUACCCGUUGAUCUAAGCGAACUACUUUCUGCAUUAACAAAUGAUGUGGUAUGCAGGAUUAGUUUGGGCAAGAAGUACAGACAAGGGGAUGGCGCGAGAAAAUUCAAGAAACUAUUGGAAGAGUUUGGUGCAGUAUUGGGCGUUUUCAAUGUUGGAGAUUUCAUUCCAUGGCUAGGUUGGAUAAAUUACCUGACAGGUUUGAAUGCUAGAGUGGAACGGGUUUUUAAAGAAUUUGAUAGCUUUCUUGAUGAAGUUGUGGAUGAAUCUGAAGCAAAAAGGGUAGGUGGGAAUGAGGAUAAAAUGAACUUUAUGGAUGUUCUGCUUGAGAUCCAAAAGAACCGCACAGAUGGUAUUUCUAUAGGCAGAGAUAGCAUAAAAGCCAUCAUUCUG